GCAACAGCUGCAGAAGUAGCUAAUCAAUUGAAAAAUGACAAACAGUAUGUGGGCAGUGAUAUAAACAAAGGAUGAAAAGCAUUUAGCUUUAAGCCAUACUCUGGAGACCAAGGAGCAAGAAAGAACACUGAAAUUCUACAGGAGAGACCUGAAAUAAUGACAUCAGUAAAUAAAAAUUAAACCAUGUCAAUAAAGAGAGCAUGUUUAAAUGGGUUAGAGAUGGGAAUAGAGGUUGUAUGUGCUUAGAAAUGGGAGGAGACAGAACAAGACCCAAGAUGCUUGAAAAGAGCCACAGCUAAAUCCUAUCCUGGGCAAGAAACCAAAGAACGGCUGUUCCUUUCAUCAAAGAGAAGGUACCAUCACCAUUGAUUCAAAGUUUGGUUAUCUAUCAAGGGAAUAAAGUGGGUGCUAAAGACAGGGGCAGGCAUAGGGGUGUAAUGAAGGAAAGGAGACAAUAGAAAGUGUGGAAAUAAUUCCCUUACCUGGUCCUGGGAAGGAGAUAAACCAGCAACUGGGGGGAAAAAUUAGUUAUAAGUGAAGAAGAAAGAAUUAGAUAAGACUCCAGCUCUGGCAAUACGGCUGAUUAGAUGGCCAGGAAACCCUCUUGUUACAAAAAACCUAGAUUGCACAGAGAAAAAAAAAACUUUUUAAUCUUUAUUGUAUUCCUGAGAUUACAGGGAAUUCCUGAGGGCCAGAAGAAUAAAAAAGAAAACUGAGCUGAAAAGAAAGGUUGAAGAGCCUGUAAAUGGGAAAGACAGGUAAACCUUAGGUUGAAACCAAUUUCAUUUCUAAUACUGUUACCGGAAUUGAGAAAAAAAAGUCUUAGGCCAAAAAAGAAAGAAUGAAAUACUGAACCUAAGACUCAGAUUAAACCAGAGAAACUGGAAGAAGGUGCUAGUGCUCCAGGUCAGAGUCAUCUGGCGUUCAGCAGAGCAAACAUAUAUCCUUUCUGGACAAGACCUCCUUAACGUAGGACCACAGACUGUAACUACCAAAUACAAGAUCACAGUCACAGAUCAACAAAUAUAUAAAGAAACAAACCAGCAUUAAUAGCAGAAGCAGGAAACAUCAGAUUUAGACCUCAAAGAAUUCAAAUAAUGGAACUAUCAGAUACAGUAUAUAAAAUAAAUACAUAUGAAAUGCUUAAAGAAAUAAAAGAUGGUAACACAAAACGAGUGGUCAAGAAGAGAUGAUCAAAACCUGCUGCACAGAUUAGAAACAGAAUAAAAUAAAAUGUUAGAAAUUAAAAAUAAAAUUGUUGAAGAAAAGAAAAAAAUGAUGGCUAAACCAGCAGAUUAGAUACAGCUAAAAAGAUCAUAAUAAACUGGUGUGGUAAAUCUGACAAAAUUACACAGAAUGUAGCACAGAAAGAAAAGGAGAUGGAAAAUACAAAUAAAUUUUAAGAAAGAGGGAGCAGGGACUGAAAAAAUAAUUUUUUUCUGUAAAAAAUCCAGAUAAUAAAUAUUUUAGUCAUUGUGGCCAUAAGGUCUCUGUCAAAACUAUAUACUUAACUCUGCCCCUGUAGUGUGAAAGCAGCCAUAACCACUCAGCAAAUAAAUGAGCGUGUCUGUGUUCCAAUAAAAAUUAUGGAUGCUAAAAUUUGUUUUUCAUGUAAUUUUCACUUGUCAUGAAAUAAUAUUCUUCUUUUGACUUUCCCCAACCAUUUUAAGAGUAAAAAUUGUUCUUUAGCUCACAGGUGGUACAAAAAGAGGUGGUGAGCAGUUUCUGGUCCAACAUGUGGAGGGUGGAAGCUGUCACGCCUGUCCUCACAACAAAGAAAAAAGCUGAACAAUCUGAAAAUCAACAACUCUCCUUAGAUCUAUGAGAGAAUUGAGGUCCAGGACAAACUACCACCCUGAAAACUGGAGAAACGGCAAAUCCAGAGAACCAGAGCUACCCAGAGCAGAAACGGCCACUGGAACCAGCAACUGCUUCUAUCGUAUCAUCUUUGCUUUCCCUUACUUCUUUCCUCCCUCGGGCCCGCUGUUUGUCAGGCCAUCACAAUCAGUGUGAACUUGACUUCGAUGCACCUGCCCAGCAUUGACCUCCUACCCCUAAGCCCAAAUCCCCUCCUGCCACCUAGGGCUUGUAUUUGGCAUCUUAGACCUUACUAUUCCAAUUCUGGCUAUCACAGCAUGCAUUAGUGGAAGAGCAGAGACAAUCAAACAAUAUUGUAUUCAUUAUUUUCUGGAAAUAACCAUUCAACUCAGUUUACAAUCUUCUUUGGGCCUCUCCUCUUUUCUUUUUUCCCCAUUUAUUGUACUUUGGGGGAAAUGCUACAUAAUCUAUACAUACUCUUUUCAUCCUUUGUUUAGCUUUUUUUGUUUUUUUGCUUUCAAAAGAGAUUUUUAUUUAUUAUCAACAUUUGGCUUGAUACAUGAAGGUCUAGAAGAAACCAAAAGUUAUUUUUGACUUUUCAUUUCAGUGAUUACCUUUCAAAAAUCAGAAACCCUACUAUAAUUGAGUAAAGCCUUAAAGCAGGUUAAGAUACAGGUGUGUGGAUUUCUUCACUAAGGUCUCACGUUUCCUCCCAAGCAGUCAACCAAUAUUCAUCAUUAAGCCCCAAUUCCCUAGCCAUCUCUCACAUGUUCAAUGUGGCCCCUUAUACACACAAGUCCAGUGCAACCAAUCCACACAUAACACACACACCAAGUCUCCAAGUCAGCCACAAUGCACAACACCCUCUCAACAUUCAUCUCGUUGCUAAUCAAGGGCCAUUCUUCUUAACACUGCCUACUAUCUCUUUUUCCAUUUCUCCCACAAUACUCACUGCUCAAAACAACAAAAGAAACAAGUUACUUUUCCCUAACCUCAGACGAAACAGCUUCUUUAACUCUAUUCCAUCCUAGCCCUCGCCCCCGCUUAUCCUGUACCCUGCCUUUAUUAUUCAGAAAGCACAGGGCCUCGUAAAAUCUCACUCACCUCAUGCUAUACGUACCAGCACCAGCUACUGAUGAACCCAGGGCAGAAGAGCAUCAAAGUCCUGCACCGGCCGUAUUCAGUCACCUCAUUCACCAGAGUCAGCUGCAGAGCCCAGGCCAUCCUGGCUCCUUCCAUACCCCCCGAGACAGCGUUUCUUGUACAAAGGCAAGUACUGUGAUUCUACCCAAUGGGACCAAGACUAGAAAACUGUAAACCAAGAUCUCCCACGCAGUACCCACCAGCCAGCCACCCCGAGGCCGACCCUCACUGCCUGCACCCUUGGGUCCUUGCUCUUGGCUGCCCUGACUUCCAAAAUCCGUCUCCCCAGUUCUCCGCAGCCGCGCGACGCCCCUUUGGCUUAAGUCUUCCCGACCGCCCGGAAGCCCUCCGGGCUCCCCGCAUAUCCCACUCGCUGGGCUCCCCGCUUGACAUCGUGGUGGUCACUCGCUGCUUUCCAAACAGACCAGGGAAGCGACCCGCCGCCUACGCGGCGCUCCCAGGCCGCUUUCGCACCUUUCCCUGCCCCCUUCUGCUGGAAGCACCCUCCCUCCCGGGUCCGUUCUCCUGCUCCCCUCCAGGCCUUGCUUCCGGUCAUCCCAAGAUCACUUCCGGUCGCCCUUUCUCAACCCCGCGGCUCUUAAGUGAAAUCCAGGUUUCCGCUGAGCUGACUCCCCGCCCUUUGCAGCGCCCCACGGCCUGGGAACAAGGAUGGGGAAAGUUCAGCUCUGGCUUGAAACCCAGACUCGCCAGGCUCCUUCAAUGCCCCAGCUGUUUAGCUUCAAAAAAUUACAAAGGUAUUCUCUUCCUGGUGAAAUCACCAGUUUUGUCUUCUUAUAUUUCUUUUGGCGAUUAUUUGACAUAACUGAAAUAGAUAGUACUAACGCUAUGUCAUUUAUGAAAGCUUCUGUUUUAGGAUGACUGUUUGUCUUACCAGGGCAAGAAGGUAACAUGACAAUAGAAAAGGAAAUGGAGACCACUCUGGCCUCUUCCCUCUUCUAAGUGGUCUGUACCACUUAGAGCUGCCAUGCUCAGGACUGCUUGAGGGAUACUGAAUGAACAUCACAUAGAAAGCCUCAACUCUUGGGACUUCCCUGGCGGUCCA